AUGGGAGACCCCCAUGAACAAAAAGAAGAGGAAGACGAGGAAGACGAGAUUGGUGAACAGGACUUCAACGCUCAGAAAGAUGCCCUUAUAUUCGCCAUUGAUGUUAGCAAGUCAAUGCUGCAACCACCUCCUGCGUCAGAUGACAAGAAGGCAGAUAAAGACCCCCCAGUAUAUGCCGCGCUGAAGUGCGCCUACCAGCUGAUGCAGCAACGAAUCAUAUCUAACCCGAAGGAUAUGAUGGGCAUCAUACUCUUCGGCACUGAAAAGACCAAGUAUUUGGAUGACCAAAAUCUCCGUUAUCCACAUUGCUAUGUCUAUACAGACCUUGAUGUCCCUGCGGCUGAAGAUGUGAAAAAUCUUAAACAGCUUGUGGAAGAGGAUGAGGAUGUUGAUGAUGUCCUCGUUCCAUCUAGCGAAGGAGUCCACAUGUCGCACCUACUCUUUCUAGCCAAAAAUAUAUUUGCCAUGAAGGCCCCGAAUUUUAGUUCACGGCGACUCUUCAUCGUUACGGACAACGAUGAACCUGACAACGACGAUAAACAGACUAGAGAGUCCGCCGCGAAUCACGCGAAGGAUUUGUAUGAUCUAGGCGCAACUAUCGAGCUUUUCGCAAUCACUCGCGAUGACCAGAAAUUCGACUUCAGCAAAUUUUAUGAUGAUAUCAUCUACCGAGACCCAACUACUCAGGAGGCGCACCCAGGGUUGAUAUCGACAUCUAAACCGGCUAACGGCCUUACACUUCUUAAUUCACUCAUCUCGAAUAUUAACUCUAGGCAAACUCAAAAGCGGGCGUAUUUCAGCAACAUGGCUUUCGAGAUCGGACCUGGACUGCAAAUCUCGGUCAAGGGGUAUAUGAUAUUGAAAAGGCAGACCAUAGCCCGGAGCUGUUUUGUCUGGCUAGAUGGAGAGAAGGCGCAGAUAGCCUUAGGUGAAACUGCCCAUAUCGCCGAGGACAGCGCCAGGACAGUUCAGGUUGGUGAGGUGAAGAAAGCCUACAAGUUCGGUAACGAAUUUGUUUACUUCAGUGAAGAUGAACAAAAGUCGAUCAAGCAGUUUGGAGGCCCGAUUAUUCGAGUGAUUGGGUUCAAGGAUAGGUCCCAGCUAGGAUUCUGGGCAUCUAUGGAUAAGUCAAUCUUCAUCUUCCCGACCGAGGAUGGCUUCGUCGGUUCCUCGCGUGUUUUUACUGCCUUAUGGCAGAAAUUACUGAAGUCUAAGAAGAUUGGCAUUGCGUGGCACGUGGCACGAGCGAACGCCCACCCUAGGCUGGUUGCUAUUAUUCCUUCUAGGGCACAGUCUGAUCACAGGUCAGGUAUAUAUUCCGUACCCGCUGGGUUGUGGCUUUAUCCGAUACCGUUUGCAGACGACGUGCGUGAGGGGCCUGGGCAGAUCAACUUGAUUCGAACUACGGACCAAUUGACAGACAAGAUGAAUAAAAUCGUUGGGCAAUUGCAAUUACCAAACGCCGCUUUCAAUCCAUCAAAGUACCCAAACCCCGCACUUCAAUGGCAUUACAGGAUUCUUCAAGCCCUAGCACUUGAAGAAGAAGUACCUGACAAACCUCAUGAUACCACGAUCCCCAAGUACAAGGCAAUUCAUAACCGGUGCGGUGAGUACAUUCAGGACUGGUCGCGAACGGCAGACGAUGUCUUAGGCAUGGUGAAAGAUGCCAAAGCUAUCAAACGCGAAAUGGAGAACGAGGACGAAGAGGACGAGCAUAGGCCAGCAAAGAAGUCGAGAACAACGACGACGAAAGCAAGUGCCAGCAAAGGAGGAUUCGAUAAUGCCGAAUUAAAGAAGAGAUAUGGGGAUGGCACGUUGUCAAAGCUAACGGUAGCUGACCUAAAGCAAAUUCUUGAUGACCGUGGACUAGACACCAAAGGGCUGAAGAAGAGCCUUGUUGAGAGAUUGGAAGAGUGGAUCGAAAGGAAUAUGUGA